AUGAACCAGAAAAUUCAGUGGAAUAGCGCAGCAAUGAUGGUUACAAAUUCGCUGGGAGACAAAGUAUUGCAAGUCAUUCAAUCCUGUGAUUCAAAUACGAAACCACAUUUUCGCGCUUUACUGGAACUGCAUGAACUUCUGAAGGGCGGUAUCAAACUCGACUUUGAAGAAGCAGGAAGCGAGAAAGACUAG